AUGUUGGUUAAGUGCACCUGUAGGAGAGAUAUGGUGACAAUAUCAAUGGAUAUUUUUGUGAGGAAAUUUCAACCAGAUAGAUAUCAGCUGUGGAAACAAGGCAAGGAUUUAUACACAAUUGAUCAUACAAAACCAACUCCGGAAUCAACACCUGAAGUAAAGAUCUGGCUGCAGAGAAGAAAGAAAAUAAAGAACUUUCCCAAGUGCUUCCAGCACACUAGAUCUCGAUCUAAAAAGCUUAAAACUCCAGAGGACAAGAGAAUAUCUGCUCUGGUAGCUGGUGCAGAAAUCAUAACGACUGAAGCAGCUGCUGAUGGCUUCAAGGUCAGUGAAGAACCUGGAAAAAAAGUGAGACGGGAAAACACAGGAGUGCCUUCUGGGGAAGAAGAAAACAGUAGUAGGAUGCAGCUGGAUCAGCAUUUAUUGGAUAAUGUCAAGGUUCCAGGAACCAUGCAGUCAGACUCAUUUUCAAGCCCUGCUCCUGUACUAGAGAAAACAAAAAUGGAAAAUGAGGACAGGGCAGAUUCCAGUCAUCCUGUCGUUACCAUUGAAGAUUCCGUGGCCUGUAUUCCUGCUUCUGAUAGCUGUAGAGAAGAAGAGAAUUUGGAAUCACAGGAUCACUGUGUUUCAUCUGUGCCAUACCUUAAGUCAGAGGAACAGACUCCUAAAGCAGAAAACCCAGAUAAAGAGGAGAAUGUCUCAAUAGAGGAUGAUGCCAGCGACCUAGACAUCUGUGGAAGUAGCUUGGAACACGGAGAAAUGCCCCUGGUAAAAAUAGAUGAAGAAGAUGGCAUGAAAACAUCCAGUUCAGUGGAAGUUGAAAGAAGGAAAAUAUCUAAAAGUUGGCGUCAUCCACUAAAUAAACCCCCAGCUAGGUCUCCAAUGAGUUUGGUUAAACAGCAAGCAGCAAGUGAUGAAGAACUGCCUGAGACUACCUUAAUUGAAGAGGAAGUUCAAGAGACAGAGGCGUGGGCCAGACCUCUGGUCUACCUUUGGCAGAAUAGAGUACCCAGUUUCAAUGCUGAAAAAGAGUACAAUGCAGCUUGUGCAAAAAAGGAACCACACUGUGCCAUUUGCACUCUUCUUAUGCCAUACUAUAAGCCAGACAAUCAUGAUGAAGAAAGUCCUACUUCUGGGGAAGCAAACUCAGCAGAAACAUUGACGGCUGAAAAUGAAAAGACUAAACCUCUUAUUCCAGAGUUGUGUUUUAUUUGUAGUGAAGAAAAUACUGAAAACUAUCCUUCAAAUGCCUUUCUUGAAGAAGAUGGGACAAGUCUUCUAAUUUCCUGUACAAAGUGUUGUGUUCGGGUUCAUGCAAGUUGCUAUGGUGUUCCUUCUCACGAAAUCCACAGUGCAUGGUUGUGUUCUAGAUGCAGAAAAGAAGCCUGGACAGCUGAAUGUUGUCUCUGCAAUUUGAGAGGUGGUGCCUUAAAGCAAACUACUGACAAGAAGUGGGCACACGUAAUAUGUGCAAUUGCCAUCCCAGAAGUCAGAUUUGGCAAUGUCACAGAACGUACACCGAUAGACACUAGCAGAAUACCUUUGCAAAGAUUAAAAUUGAAAUGUAUGUUUUGCAGACAGAGAGUUAAAAAAACCUCUGGUGCCUGCAUUCAGUGUUCAUAUGGACGCUGCCCAGCCUCCUUCCAUGUUACCUGUGCCCAUGCUGCAGGAGUGCUGAUGGAACCUGAUGACUGGCCAUAUGUUGUCUUCAUCACAUGUUUCAGGCACAAGAUCAACCAAAAUGUGAAACCUAAGGCAUGUGAGAAGGCCAUUACGGUUGGGCAGACAGUCAUUACAAAACACAAGAAUACGCGAUACUAUAGUUGCAGAGUCGUAGGAGUGACAUCUCAGCUUUUCUAUGAAGUCAUGUUUGAUGACGGCUCUUUCAGUCUGGAUACUUUUCCUGAAGACAUUGUAAGCAGAGAUUGCCUAAGGCUGGGCCCGCCUGCAGAGGGAGAGGUUGUCCAAGUGAAGUGGCCUGAUGGAAAACUGUAUGGUGCAAAGUAUCUGGGAACAAACACAGCUCACAUGUAUCAGGUUGAGUUUGAAGAUGGUUCUCAGAUAGUAAUGAAGAGAGAAGAGAUCUAUACAUUAGAUGAAGAGCUUCCUAAAAGAGUAAAAGCACGUUUUUCUACAGCUUCUGACAUGAGAUUUGAAGACAUGUUUUCUGGAGAAGAUAUUAUCCUGGGAGAGAAGAGGCAGAGAGUAUUGAGUUCCCGCUUUAAGAACGAGUAUGUGGGUGAUCCAGGGUGCCGCAACUUCUUGAAAAGCUCAUUCCAGAAGAAAUGCCUGAAGGGGCUAUAAAGGAAGCAAGAGCAAGACAGGGAUGUUGAUUAAAAGGCAUGCAGCAUUGUUUGCAAUUGCUUUUUGUUUUACAAUUAGCUAAUUCAUAGACCAGCCUCGUAAGCUGAAGUAUUUGAGUUCUGAUUCCUUCAGUUAAUGUUUUAAAGAUUUUGUAAUAUUUUGCAUUAUGAAACUAAAGGGAAACGAAGUGAAAGUAAGACAGAUUACUCAGUGAUAUGCUGGGGAAACAGUCCUGCUUGCAUUGAAAUAAGAGUUAAAAAUCCCCUUGAAUUAAGAGAGAUUAUUCUCAUUCAAAAUUUUAAUAAACAGAUGAUAAUUUCACUGGCUCUUUAUUUUUCUGCAGACAGGAAAGGAUGUUAAGUUCAAUACAGUUUUUAUAAAACAUUUUUAAAACAUGGAGAUAUGUACAGUAGUAAGACAAGAGUUGUACUUUAUACAGUGAUUUUGAAUUUUUAUGUAACUACUGCUUUCAGUAGGGCUUGAUGUGGGCUCAACUGUUGACUCAGAUAUUUUUGCCUUUUAUGAAAGAUAUCUUACAGCAAGGAUGUUUUGUAUAUUCUAAGAGGCAGAUUUUGGCAGUUAUUUUUGAACAUGCUUUUCAUAAGAUCUAUUAAAAUAGAUAUUUGUAAAAUAUAAUUUUCUUUCGUUAUGUGUAUGAAAAAUUAGAGUUUAAAUAUAUAUGCUUAACAGCCUAGUUUUGGAUGAAUAUGUUAUGGUCUUCUUUUUAAAAUAAUAUUCUAUCAAUGUAAUGAUGUUUUGACGUAACCAACCAAACAAAUAAAUACUGUUCUUCUACUUUAAG